AUGUCCUCUACAAUCCCUGCCGAGGAUGGCGAUAUAUUUGAGCGUCUCCAGCAACGCGCCGACCCGAAGGUACUCGAGGAACGCCAGGACGCUAUCAAUGAACGGGUUCAUGCAAUUUACCAGAAAGCCCAGGCUCGGUUGGGAGAAUUGAUUGACCAAAACUCCACCUUGCCAUGCACCAUCUCCUCAAUUCAGGUCCUCAACGCUCAUCACACGCGCAGGGGCUUCCUCGAACGCAUAUUUGACCCAUUGCUGAGCUCUCACCAAAAAAGACCCUACACCCUGUCCGAGGCCUUGCGGGAAGUCUCGGCACGCGCGGACAAACUCGGCAGAUUCGACCUCUUCCAGCAACCCAUUUCAGUGUACCUGGACCAAUCACCCGAAGUCGAUGCCCGGACAGGUUUGCCGAACCUCAACGUUUUCGUCUCGGUGAAGGAAAAGCCACGCGUGCUGCUCAAGACCGGAACAGACCUUGGGAACACGGAAGGAUCUGCUUACGGCAACCUCUUGUGGCGUAAUGUGUUCGGUGGUGCCGAAAAUCUCAAUCUCAAUGCCUCCCUGGGAACUAGAACGAGAUCUGCUUAUCAAGCUACAUUCGAGACGCCCAUUCUUAGCGACCCCGAUUUCCGGUUUGAGAUUGGUGGACUUGCCAGCUCCACCCAAAAGUCGUGGGCUAGCCACGAAGAGGUAUUGAAGGGUGGUUGGGGUAAACUCCGCUGGAUGAGCCAGUCCGGACACCGCCACGAAGCUGGCUACAACGGCUUCUGGAGACAGAUGACCAGCCUGGCUGAAAAUGCCUCCUCCACGAUUCGGGCAGAUGGCGGGGACAGUGUCAAGAGCAGUAUUUUCCACAGCUGGGUCAAGGAUGGACGAGACAACCCCCUUCUCCCGUCCCGUGGAUAUUACGCCAAGACAUUCAACGAGCUGGCUGGGUUGGGAGCUUUGAAGGGUGAUGUCUCUUUUUGGAAAUCCGAGAUCGAAACGCAGGGCGCGGUACCGAUUCCGAUCCCAGGUGUCAAAGGUGACAGCGGCGUUUCCUUUACUGCAGGGCUCCGCGCCGGGCUUCUUUAUCCCCUCGGAGUUGGUUCGGAUUCAAGGCCGCAGCUCUCCCGUACCAAUGAUCGCUUCCUUCUUGGAGGACCGACGGAUGUUCGGGGGUUCCGUCUCUGCGGCCUCGGCCCUCAUGACGGGGCAGACGCCGUCGGCGGCGACGUCUAUGCUGCAGGAAGUGCCAACUUGCUCCUUCCACUGCCUCGCGUUGGCGCCGAGAAGCCCCUGCGCCUACAGGCCUUUGUGAACGGUGGCCGGUUGCUGCCUCUCCGCACUGCUCAGAAAAACACGCCCACCACGAAUGCCGAGGUGAGUGAUGCGGUCACGUCGACAAUCUCCGAGUUAGGCAAUGGCCUGCCCAGUAUCGCCGCGGGAGUUGGGCUCGUGUACGCCCAUCCGGCCGCCAGGUUUGAGUUGAACUUUUCUCUCCCCUUGGUACUACGGAAGGGCGAAGAAGGGCGAAAGGGAUUGCAGCUGGGACUUGGCAUUAAUUUCCUGUAG